AUGGUUGAUGAAUUAAAAUGGUUAAGUUUAUCGAAUGAUAAGGUGAUUGAAACACAGAAAAAUGGACCACUUACUGAAAAGUUGUCAAAAAUUGUUGCUAUUGCAAAGGAAGAAUUGAAAAGUGCUGGACAUGAUGAGAUAGCAACAAAGCAACAGGGUACACUAUUGUAUCAUGUGGGGACACGUUUGAAACCGCAGUGUCAACAACAUACUUCACUGGUUAUUCGUCAUAUUAUGAAUGAGAAUAUUCGAACGGAACAACAACUUGUUGCAGCUAUCGAAUACUUGCUUAGUAAUGUUAUGAAAGAAAUAGAUGAGAAAAAGUUUUUGGAUGCAUGCGGUGUAGGUAUUGUUAUCACAGCUGAUCAAAUCCAAAAUCAGGUUAAAGAAACAAUUGAGAGGUUCAAAUCAGAAAUUUUGAAACAACGGUACAGUUUUAAUACUGGAAAAAUACUAGGUGAUGUAAAAUCAAAACUAAAGUGGGCAGAUGGUUCAACUGUGAAACGCGAAGUGGAUCUUUGUAUAAUGUUGCUAUUGGGUCCAAAGACAAUUGACGAUCUUUAUCCCAAGAAAGAAAAAGCAUCAGACAAUAAAUCAAGGCAAACUACUACAGGCGAUUCGAACUCCGUUGUGUCUAAAAAUACUGAAUCGAAUAGUACGCAUAAAGAAGAGGAAGCUGGGGUUACUCUCGAAGAGUUAAUGAGGAAGAAAACGCUUUUUCACAAAGUUGGAGAAAAUUACAAAACAAGCGGUUAUGUUAUUACACCAAAUACUAUGGAACUUUUGAAGAAACAUGUAGAAGCUGUGAAGGGACAAGUUGUUACUCGUUUCCCACCAGAACCAAAUGGUAUAUUACAUAUUGGACAUGCAAAAGCAAUAAAUAUCGAUUUCGGUUAUGCAAAGGCUCAUGAUGGAAUUUGUUAUCUUCGAUUUGAUGACACAAAUCCUGAAAAAGAGGAGGAAAAAUUUGCGAAAAGUAUUGUAGAGAUGGUAGAUUGGUUAGGCUAUAAACCAUAUAAAAUCACGUAUUCAUCAGAUUAUUUUGAUCAGUUAUAUGAAUGGGCAGUUGUUCUGAUUAAAAAAAGCUUAGCAUAUGUUUGUCACCAAGCUGCUGAUGAAAUCCGUGGUUUUGAGGUAACCAUAUCACCUUGGCGUAACCGUCCAGUGGAAGAAUCUUUGCAGCUUUUCGAGGAUAUGCGGCGCGGUAAAUUUAAUGAAGGCGAAGCAACAUUACGAUUAAAAAUUAUUUUGGAGGAAGGUAAAGUGGAUCCGGUAGCUUAUAGAAUUAAAUAUUGUCCUCAUCAUCGCACUGGAAAUAAAUGGUGUGUUUAUCCAACAUACGAUUUUACACAUUGUUUGUGUGAUUCGUUAGAAAAUAUAACGCAUUCUUUAUGUACCAAGGAAUUCCAAUCAAGACGUAGCAGUUAUUAUUGGCUCUGUAACAGCCUAGAUAUUUAUUGUCCAGUGCAAUGGGAAUACGGUCGUUUAAAUAUGAAUUACUCUGUUGUUUCUAAACGAAAAAUCAAAGCAUUAAUCGACAAUAAAAUUGUCAGUGAUUGGGACGAUCCAAGAUUGUUUACAUUGACAGCAUUACGCCGACGAGGUAUUCCUCCAGAAGCCAUCAAUAAUUUCAUUAUAGGUCUAGGCCUUACCACAGCACAAACCUUUAUUGACCCGCAAAUGUUGGAUGCCACCGCACGUGAUUAUUUAAACAAAAAUGCGCCAAGAACGAUGGCUGUAAUGGAUCCACUAAAAGUAACUAUUGAUAAUUACGAUGAAUUAUCGCUACCGUGCAGUUUAUUAGUGCCAGAUUUUCCAAAUGAUCAAAUUCGCAGUGAACAACAACAUGUAAUUGCUAUAGAUCGUGUUGUUUUUAUCGAACGAUCGGAUUAUCGUGAGGGUGAAGUGGAUAACAAUUUUCUUCGAUUAACAAAGAAUAAAUCAGUUGGUUUGAAAUAUCUUGGGAUCGUUAUAUCUCUUAUCAAUGAAUUACGGAAUGACAACGGAGAGAUAAUAGAAUUGACGGUGAAGGCAUCAAAACUUACUUCUGAAAAUAGACCAAAGAUAUAUUUACAUUGGGUAGCAAAUCCAGCUCAUUGCCAAGUUCGAUUGUACGAACGACUAUUUCGGCAUAAAAAUCCGGAGGAUCUGAAUGAAGUUCCCGGUGGAUUUCUGUCAGAUUGCAAUGAGAAUUCACUACGCAUUGUGGAACCAGUAUAUAUAGAUAGAUCAGUUUCAAAUUCGAAAGUCUAUGAUCGAUAUCAGUUUGAAAGAAUUGGAUUCUUUUCUGUGGAUCCAGACAGUACGUCUGAAAAGCUUAUAUUUAAUCGUGUAGUGGAUUUGAAAGGUGACGUAGUGAAGAAGCGAUUAUAA